AUGAGCGACAUAUCCACCGCCCCAACCCUCAUCCCCCCCGACUCUACAGCAACGCAACACCUCGCAACCAAAGAACUCCAAACCCUCCACUCCCUGCAAGCCCUGCACUCAAUCCAAUCAACCCUCCACCAUGACUCCCACCCUCCCCGAUUCGAAGAAGAAGACCCCGAUCUCAGCUACACAGCAACGAACAUCGACAUCCUGCUGCGCCAAGCACAGAGCAUGAUCACGACGCUGAUGGCCGAGAAGCGCGGGAGUCGACGACGGAUCAGAUCGCUUGAAGAGGAGUUACAAGUGCAGCGACAGAAACUGGAAUUGCGGGAUGCGGAGACAAGGAGUCACGAUGAGGAGAUACGUGCGAGACUGAAAGACACUGAGAACAAGGUCUUGACAGGGGAAGAACGGAUCAAGAAAUUAGAAACGGAGAUUAAGGGGCACGAAGCGAAGCUCAGGAAAACAGAGGGAACGAUCAAAGAACGAGAAGAACGGGUGAAAGCGCUAGAAGGCGAGGUAAAGCGGCACGCGGAAAAGGUGAAAGGAUUGGAACGGGAUUUGAAAGCAAAGGGAACACUGGUGCAGGAGUUGACGGCGAAGUUGAAUAAGAGGAAGACGGAUGCGAAGGAGCAGGCGGGGAAAUUGGCCAAGGUGAUGGCGGCGAACGAGGAGCUGAAGGGGGCGCUGGGGACGGCGAGGAAGAGGACGGAGAAUGCGACGCAGAGGGUGCAGGAGGUCGAGGAGCAGGUGAGGUCGGAGAGGAGGCGCAGGAGGAAGGCGGAGAAGGAGGUCAAGGGGGAGGAGGAUCCUCACGGGCGUGGGCAUGGGCACGGAGGACCAGAUCGGGGGAGAGUGUAUGGGGUGCAGAGGAGCAAGACGUCGGUGAUCUCUCGCAUGUUUCGCGUUUGA